AUGUCCCCUCGGCCUGACGAUGACCCCUCCUCACACGACACCACACGCCCGAGUGGCCUCGCCCACGUCUUCCGCAACCUGACAAGCUCCAAGGCAUCCCACAAGUCUCCGCCUCCGCUGUCCCUGCCCGUCACCGUCCUGCCCCGGGCCGACCUCGUCAAUGCCACCUCGACCAGCUCCCGGGAGCUCUCAUCCAACCACAUGGACGCGUUCGAGCUCCUCAAGAGCGGCUCCACGAGCGAACGCAUAUCUGCCGCCAACACUCUAAAGUACGCCAUCGCCGAGUACCCCGUCAACCCCGUCCUGGACAUUUGGUACGCCGGCAAGGAUCUCAUUGAUGCCGGCAAUCCUUCGCCGAUGCGCCUGGCGGGGUGGGAGCUACUGACCGAGUGCGCGAAGCACCCCUCGUCGACGGACUUGGAGCGCAAAGAGUAUUUCCAAACGCUGUCUGCCCCGGCGCAUCCCGAGGAUUUCCAUUUACAGCUCGCCGCUCUCGUCGAUCUGACGAACCAUGGCCGCCUGAUCACGGGAUUUGACUACGAUCUGAUCCCUCUCCUCACGAACUGGCUACACGAGGCAUACAAGUCUGCCAGGAGAGCCCGGAAGAACGCACAGUCGACCAGGGGUCAGCGGAGCUCUUCUCGGGGCAGGGUGGCGGCUUCGGGUGAGGAGAAGAACCUGGCCCAGAUCUUCCAAUUCCUCCUCGAUGUCAUCAAAUUCAGCUUCAACAACGCCAACGAGGCCUCGGUCUCCGGGCUCAUCGACCGUCUCCUAGUCAUUUGCAUGAACACAAGUGUCGAGGAUGACCUGAGAUCUUGCAUUGGCGUCAUCGACGCGAUCGUGACCUUUGGGUCCAUUCCCCAAGAGAAGCUCAAGGAGUGUGUUCAGGUCCUCUCUUCCAUUUUCUGCCUCGUGCCGACGCUGCAGAAGACAUCGUGGCACACCCUUGCCAAUCUCUGCAAGUCUCACAACGGUCAGGCCACCGUACGCAUCCUGCUCGACAUACUUCGCAACCUCCCGUCGGAAGGGGCCAAGGACAGGGACACAAGCAGCAGGGAAGUCAGAGGUGCCCUUGCGGUGCUUCAGAAGCUGCUCUCCAAAACGACAGAGAAGGGCUACCCCACCGUGCCGUACGCUCUCCUCGUGGAUGGCCUGUCCAACGCCUUGCGGGCAACAUCGUCCGUGCGGGUGUACUGCUCUCUACUGCAGCUCAUCAAUUCGCUGUUUGACGACGGGCACGGGCAGACGCACCGUCUAAUUGUGGACGAGGACUGGUCAAUUUGCUUGGACGUUGCUGCUGAAUGCUGCCGCAGAGUUCACACGGACUUUGACCGGAGGCGCAGCAGUCAAUCCAGAGACGAGCAGCCGGAGGUGGGAGUGGACCGUGAGCUGCUGGCGUUGGUCAGUCGGCUCGAUGCCAUCGCCAAGCAGAAGACGGGGGAGUUUGUCCCCCGAGAUUCCAUCAUUAAGUUCUUCACCGAGGUCCACGCGAUCCUUCCGGACUCAACGGCAAGGACAGUUUUGGACUACUUCCAGGAGUUCAGAUGCUGCUCGCCGUCCGACCUACGCUGGGAAGAGAAUUUGAGCUUGGUCCUGGAUGCAUUCUUCAGCGACCGAACGCGGAGCUCCGAGACGCGACUUAGGGCUCUGCAGACUACCAUGGAUGCGUACGAAAUCGUCGAUCUUGUCGGAGACGGGGCCGAGCAGAAUCUGAUUCCCCGUCUGGCCAAGAGCAUUCUACAAAACGUUGUCGAGGAGACAGACGUACCGGUGCUCGAGGCCAUCAUGUCGCUGAUGGUAUCGGUUGUCACCUCAUGUGAUAUGGAGCUCUUUGACUACAUUAUCGACACUCUCCGCGGCAUCGUCGUCAACGACCGACUGAAAUCCCCUAUUACAUCGCCAAACACGCCCGGGACCUUGUCGCCGACCAGCCCUGAGGCGCCAGGGUCUUCAAUUGAGCAGUCUCCGUCCAACGUCGUUACGAGAGGCUAUGUCAACAUGUUCCUCCGUGUCAUGAACUCGCAUGGGGACAAGAGCGUUCGCCUAUUCAACGCGCUCGUCGCAAUAGCCAAGCUGAAUCACUGCGAGGUUGAUGCACGCCUCACCGCCAUGAAGCUGCUGUUUCGCCUGCGCGCGGACUGGGCCAACCGGAUCUUCGUCACCGACGACCUUGAGAACAGCUUCCUCGCCACAGCAAUGUGCCGGACUGAUGCCUCGUAUGCUAAGAAGCAGGCGGAGGAGGCAGCCCAGUCGCUGCGCUUGUCGAGGAGCGACCACGGGGCGCAGUCACGCUCUUCGAGAGGCGUUUCCUUUGGACAAGGGACAGCCGAAAGGGGCAUCCCGGUUCGAACCCCAAGCGGCACAAAGAGUGUCCGCCAGAGAUACCGCCAGCUGUGGAGCUAUCCGGACCCGGACGCACUGCCGGACGCGAUACCGAAGCUGAUCAGCCCUGUCCUCGUUUCGGAAGAGGUCGGCGAGGAACCGGCAGCCGACGGCGAUGGGUCCACCAGCGGCAGUGAGGAAUUGCACACAGUCGCCCUCAACAUGUCGGCAUGGCUCGAGGCCGUCUUAGGCAUUCUGCAAGGAAGCGAGUGGGAGGUGUACAGCUUUGUCCUCGUCCACCUUCCUUCGCAGCUGAGCAAUCAUGCCGUCUUUAGGAACGCAAUACCACAGAUCCAGGAGCUUCGCCGCCUCAUCUGCGAGCAGAUCCGCACUAACGGCUUCUCGGAGGCGCCGCCCGCGUCGGGAUUGCGUCGUGCUGACAUUGCAAUCUGCCUUUUUCACAGUCUGACAAUGAUAUUGAGCUAUCACGAGCAUUUCCCGAAGACGGACGAGGACGAGAUUGUCAGGACGUUUGUGCUCGGCAUUGCCACCUGGGAACGCACGGCGAAAUACUGCAUCCACGCCCUGUCGAUAUGCUGCCAUGAGCUCCCGUUGUCCACGAGCAAGUCCCUGAUCCAGAUGCUGAAUCAGAUGGCGGCAAUCAUCACACAGCCACACGUAUCGGUGCACAUUCUGGAGUUUCUCGCCUCCCUUAGCCGCCUGCACGACGUCUAUGUCAACUUUAGGGAGGAUGACUACAGGAUUGUGUUUGGCAUCUGCUUCCGCUACCUCGAGUAUACCAGGGACAAGAGGCAAUCGAAUCGCGGCAGCCAUGCCAGUGAAGCGUCGACGCCGCUGACUCCGAGCUCGAACCCUGCGGAGCUCAUCCCGUCGAAUCCGUCGGAUGACCUGCCGCAAUACGUACACGCACUGGCCUAUCAUGUCAUUCUGUUCUGGUUCCUCGCUCUGAAGAUUCAAGAUCGCGCUCGCCACGUCGGCUGGAUAGUCAAGAAGCUUUUUGCGGACGGCGACGGCACCGGACAGACGGCGGACGAACAGACACUCACGUCCAUCGACUUUAUGCAGAGAGUGGCGUAUGCCGACGUGGACGAGUCUGCCGAGGACCCCUACUUUACCGAGGACCGCUUUGGGCCGAUCGUCAAGAAGCAGUGGCUCGUCGGUAACAGUAUCAUCACCAUCAAGCAGGCCACGCUGUCCGGGUGGGCUCAAAUCAUCAAAAGGCAGCCGUCGGGGACGUCGGCGUACGUCGUUCGUGAGACGUUCACCCCUCCACCAGCGCAUCAGGCAGAAGCCUACGUCGACAUCAGCAGGGAAGGGCAGGCGACGAGCAACACCGUCCUGCCCAGCCACUUGCUCAUCCAGCUCAUGUCUCCCGUGCCUCAGACGUACGAGUCGGCGCGACCCAUCCCUCUCCCGGAAGACGAGGCCACGGACAGAGCCAUUCGUGUGUUUGACAGGAGCUCCAGUCUGGACGGACACAAGGUCGGCGUCGUAUACAUUGGCGAGGGGCAAACUGACGAAGCGGACAUACUGGCCAAUGUAUCGGGCAGUGGCGACUACAUCGAAUUCCUCAAUAACCUGGGCACCCUUACGAAGCUAAAGGGAGCGACUUUCAACACCCAGGGCCUGGACCGCGAGUACGACACGGACGGCCAGUACACGUUCUGCUGGCGAGACAGGGUGACGGAAAUCGUCUUCCAUGUGACGACACAGAUGCCGACGGACCUAGAGCGGGACGCCAACUGCACGCUGAAGAAGAGGCACAUCGGAAACGACUUUGUCAACAUCAUCUUCAAUGACUCGGGGCUGCCCUUCAAGUUCGACACCUUCCCAAGCCAGUUCAAUUUUGUCAAUAUCGUCAUCACGCCGGCAUCGCGAGCGUCGUUCAUCGCGGCACGCGAGGCCGAGUCGGAGAGGGCGCAGAGCCACAGGCAGCCUUUUUACAGGGUGCAGGUGAUGAGCAAGCCGGGCUUCCCCGAGGUGUCGCCGGCGUCGGAGACGAAGAUGAUUUCGCUGAAGGCACUUCCAGGCUUUGUGCGGUUGCUGGCGCUCAACGCAUCGAUGUUUUCGGUGGUGUGGCACAACCGAGAGGGCGGAGAGCACAUCAGCUCGUGGAGCGGUCGGCUCCGUGAGAUUCGGCGCCUGCGCGAGAAGCACGGGCCGAAGCCCGCGGGUACGACGACGUCUCCGCCGUCGACGGCUUUUGGAGCGCAAUCGCAGACGGCGCAAGCGGACUCUUCGAGGCCUAGCAGUAGCGUCAGGGACAGCUUCAACAGCCUUCGGCGGACGAGCGUGGCGACUUUCUUCACCAGCGCAAGUGAGCAGACGUCGCACAGGUCGUCGACGCUGUCUACGGUGGCAACGUCCAACGACACGGAGCUGCCCCCGACAAACGGCACCAGCUCGUUGGUAGAGUCGGUGGACUUUUCCAAGUGGGCUUGA